AAACUGUUCAGUUACCACAUUUCCCUAAGAAAGAAAACCAAAACGCAGCCCUCGUCCUCUUCUCAGAAACAAGCUUACACAAACCCCGAAACCAUGUCUGGAGGUGUCGGUCCGACUUAUAACGACAUAGCCUUGCCAAAAGACGAACACCAUCACGCUGUCGGAAAAACGACCGGGUUCUUUUCGUUCCGGCAACUAAACGUCCUCGCGGUAAUCCUCGUCCUCUCCGCGAGCGGUCUCGUCACAAUAAUAGAUUUUCUAUUCGCACUCCUCACCUUCAUCUACUUCUUCUUCAUCUCCAAAGUAGUCUUCCCUCCACACGAGAAUCCGAACCGAGACGCUCCUCUCACAAGCUCCACCAACAAGUUCUUCCGUUUCUAUGUAGCUUGCGCAGGAAUCGUCGGCCUCUUACUUCCCAUCUGCUACAUCUUCGAAGGACUCCUCGAGGACGAUAAACGUGGUGUGAGCGCAGCUGCGCCGCACGUGUUCCUUCUUGCGAGUCAGGUUUUCAUGGAAGGAUUAGCGGCCACGUUUGGCUUCUCUUCUCCAGCUCGAAUCCUCGUGCCGAUCGUUUACAACGCUAGGAGGGUCCUUACUCUCGUAGAGUGGAUUAUGGACGAGUUCUCAAGGGAAUCUACUAAGUAUGGGACGGGGGUGGGGACCAUUUCGGCGCGGCGGAUGUAUGCCGGGAAAGUUUUGGCGGCGGUGAACUUAGUGGUUUGGUCGUUUAAUCUCUUUGGUGUUCUGAUCCCGGUUUAUCUACCGAGAGCUUUUGAGAGGUAUUACGGUUCUAGCAAGGAGAAUUGAGAGUCUGGUUAAGAUCAAUUCCAGCUUUUGUUGUUUAAUUAGUCCGGUUCGGUUGUAGGAUUAACCGUGACCUAAAAGUGAAUUUAAGGGUUUUGUUGUUUAAUCUCUUUGGUUAUCUGAUACCGGUUUAUCUCUUGAGAGCUUUAGAAUAAGGUAUUAGCCGGUUUAAUCUCCGCAACUUUUGUUGUCUUUUUGUUUAAUCAGUCCGGUUUGGUUUA